CACACACAGCAGCCCUUCUCUUCCAUUAGCGUCAGGGUUGAUGGAGAAUUCAGAAGCGAAGAGCGUAGAUUCAUCGCAAUGCGUUCGUGUGGCGGUUAAUAUCCGACCGCUGAUUACAUCAGAGCUUUUGGUCGGCUGUACGGAUUGCAUUUCCGUUGUUCCUGGUGAACCACAGGUACAAAUUGGUUCACAUGCAUUCACAUAUGAUUACGUUUACCGAAGCACAGGAUCACCCUCAUCCUCAAUAUUUGAGGAUAGUGUUGCUCCGUUAGUGGAAGCACUCUUCCAGGGCUACAAUGCAACAGUGCUUGCCUAUGGCCAGACCGGUUCUGGAAAAACCUACACCAUGGGGACCAAUUACACAGGGGAAGGAAGUAACUUCGGGAUAAUACCCAAAGUAAUGGAGACUAUUUUCAAAAGGGUCGAGCGAAUGAAAGAGAACACAGAAUUCUUGAUUAGGGUAUCAUUUAUUGAGAUAUUCAAAGAAGAAGUGUUUGAUUUACUUGAUCCGAACGCAAUAACUUCCUCUAAGAAUGAAGGGGCAGCUCCUAUCAAGGCUUCUGGGCCUGCAAGAGCUCCCAUACAAAUUAGAGAAACGGUGAAUGGAGGAAUAACACUUGCUGGUGUGACUGAGGCCGAGGUUCGCACAAAAGAAGAGAUGGCUUCGUAUUUGUCUCGUGGCUCCUUGUCUCGUGCGACUGGGAGUACAAACAUGAAUAGUCAAUCAAGCCGUUCACAUGCUAUUUUCACAAUAACCAUAGAGCAAAAGAAGAUUAGUAAUGGCUCAAAUGGAGCAAGUAAUGAUGAUAUUGGAGAUGAAAUUUUGUGUGCGAAAUUGCACUUAGUGGAUCUAGCAGGUUCUGAGCGAGCAAAGCGAACUGGUGCUGAUGGUAUGCGCUUUAAAGAAGGCGUUCAUAUCAAUAAGGGUUUAUUGGCUUUGGGCAACGUGAUAAGUGCCUUGGGAGAUGACAAGAAACGGAAAGAAGGUGGACAUGUUCCAUAUCGCGACAGCAAGUUAACUCGUUUAUUACAGGAUUCUCUCGGAGGAAACAGUAAGACGGUGAUGAUUGCUUGUGUUAGUCCCGCUGACACAAAUGCUGAGGAAACAUUGAACACAUUAAAGUACGCAAAUCGUGCUCGCAACAUUCAAAACAAGGCAGUUAUCAACCGGGAUCCAAUGGCAGCCCAAUUGCAAAGAAUGCGGAGCGAAAUUGAGCAAUUGCAAGCUGAGCUUCUAUUUUAUCGUGGAGAUGCCAGUCAACCAUACGAGGACUUGCAGAUUCUUAAAAGGAAAGUGUCUUUACUCGAAGCAAGCAAUACAGAGCUGCAAAGGGAGGUACAAAAGCGCCAAGUCACUUUUGAGCAUUUAACGCAACGUGCACUUGAUGCUCAGGUUGAGAAAGACAAACUGAUAAUGAAAAUUGAAUUGGCACGAAAUGGAAAAUCUUGGGAUGAGCUUGACUCAAAUUCUGAUCAGAACUAUGACCUGUUGAAGAAUUAUGUAGCAAAAAUUCAAGCAUUAGAAGGAGAAUUGUUGCAGUUAAAGAAUCUGAACAACUCAAAACAAAGAUUGACUGAUUGUUUUGACUCAGAUGAUGAAGAAUUUCGCUCCAAGAAUAUACUAUUCCCAUGUAGUAAUGAGUAUUCAUCUGAUUAUGAUUGCAAAGGUGGGGACAUAUCAGAUGAGAUUGUGGAUCAUGAGAAGGAGCAAGAACAUUCUUCUAUUCAAGAAAAAUUGGGUUAUGAGCUAAACGAAUUGGACAAAAGAUUGGAGCAAAAGGAGGCUGAGAUGAAGCGAUUUGCAAGUGCUGAUACCUCAGUUCUUAAGCAACACUAUGAGAAAAAAGUUCAUGAGUUGGAACUAGAAAAGAGAGCUUUACAGAGAGAGAUUGAUAAACUGAGACACAACCUAGCAAACAUCUCAUCUACUUCUGAUGAUGGUGCUCAAAAGUUGAAGGAUGAUUAUUUGCAGAAGUUAAACAUCCUUGAAUCGCAGGUGUCAGAGUUGAAGAAGAAACAAGAUGCUCAAGCUCAACUAUUGAGACAAAAACAGAAAAGUGAUGAGGCAGCGAAACGACUACAAGAUGAGAUUCAAAAAAUAAAGAGUCAAAAGGUUCAACUUCAACAUAAGAUCAAACAAGAGUCAGAGCAGUUUAGAUUAUGGAAAGCAUUACGAGAGAAAGAAGUUCUUCAGCUUAAAAAAGAGGGAAGGAGAAACGAAUAUGAGAUGCACAAGCUAUUAGCUUUGAAUCAAAGGCAAAAAAUGGUUUUACAACGUAAGACGGAAGAAGCCUCGAUGGCAACAAAAAGGCUAAAAGAACUUUUAGAAUCUCGGAGAACUUCUUCUCGUGAAACUACAGGGACUGCAAAUGGCAAUGGUCCAGGAGUUCAGGCUCUGAUGCAGGCAAUUGAACACGAACUUGAACUCACUGUACGUGUACAUGAAGUUCGCACCGAGUACGAGAGACAAAUGGAAGAGCGGGCUGGGAUGGCCAAGGAGGUUGCCAGGCUUAAGGAAGAAGCGGAAAUUUCAAAGCAAGCUAAUUCCAGGAACUGCCCUGAAACGUUGUCUCCUGGUGCAAGAAAUUCAAGGAUUUUUGCACUUGAAAACAUGCUUGCUACUUCAUCUAGCACCCUUAUUUCGAUGGCAUCGCAAUUAUCGGAAGCCGAAGAGCGUGAGAGGGGUUUUAGUGGCAGGGGACGUUGGAACCACGUUCGUUCUCUUGCUGAUGCAAAAAAUUUGAUGAAUUAUCUGUUCAAUUUAGCAUCUUCUUCCAGGUGCUUGUUACGGGAUAAAGAAGUUGCAUGUCGGGAGAAGGAUUCGCAAAUAAGGGAUUUGAAGGAAAAAGUUGUUCGUUUAAAUAGUUUGCUUAGAAAAUCAGAGAUGCAGAAAGCAGAGCUUGUUCAUCAGGUGAAAUCUCAGAAUUCAGCCCUCAAAAAAUAUGCUAUGACGAGCACAGGAGAUUCCACAUAUAUGGGAGCACAUAAGUAUGAUCUACGCAAGCAGGAUCAUCGGAGCUCCUUUAUUGUAUUGGAGGACAUGGAUACAUCUGAGUCAGAAAAAGCAGAUGCCGAUGACAUUGACUGGGUAGCCGAUGACGAUGACAUUGACUGGGCAGCUAAAAGCCCAGUUACGAAAAGAAAUUCUAAAUCCAAAAAUCAGUCUAGUGGUUCAUCAAGCAGCAACGAUCAAGAAAGCUUGAAAAUGGACAGUUCGGUUGAGGGUGUUGCUGUCAAAACUACAUCAGGAGUGUGCUGCUCUUGCAGCAGAUACUCCUCAUGCAAAACGACCAAAUGCCAGUGUCGAUCUUCUGGGGAGCUUUGUGGGGCGUCUUGUGGCUGUGUAUCUGCAAAGUGCUCGAACCGAGAUGUCGACAAGUCGCUCCAGUCGGAGAUGGCUGAAGGGAUAGCAGAUGGUUCAGGAAGUGACGAAACAUCAGAGCAAAAUAGGCUUCUUGCUUCUCAUGGGGCAAUGCUGCUUGAGAGUGCAUUAGUGGAGAAGCCGGCUGAGACAAGUGAAGAUGGCGGGCCAAGAAGAAAACCUCUCUCUGACAUUGGAAACACAACGGGCAAAUCAAAUGCACCAAAGCCUAAUAAGAGGAAGAAGUGGAGAAAAUCCACCAUACAGCUUAUCACCAAUCCCCCGCCUCCUUCGCAGCCAGAAAAAAGUGAACCGCCUCAGAAGCCCGAUAAUAGUAGUGCAACUGAGCCUGAAAUUCCGGUUAGGUUACCGAGGGCAAUGCGAUCUGCAGCAACAACUGGUGGUAUUUUUAGAGAGAGGAAUGCUGAUAAACCAGAGGAAUCAGGUGUCAACAAGGAGUCCGCAAUUCAUGCUCCUCCCAGAAGUCCUAUCCAGCGGAACAAAACAUCGGAAGAUCGGCCUUUAACUUAA